UUCACCUCCCACGCUUUCUUCUCCGCGUAGUCGUCUUCCUUCUUCUUCUCUCUUCUUUUAUGGACAAAGCAUGGGGUCUUGCUCUUGAUUCUUCUCCCGCCGCCGCUGCUUUCUCCCCCCACACCAUGCUUCCCUCUUUAGGCUUCCCCGUUAAUCUCACUCGCCCCUCCGCCGCCGACUCCCGCCUCCCCCCCGGCGAGCUCGACUUCUUCUCCGAUCGCAACAACCCUCCUCCUCCUCCUCCCCCUCUCAAACCCGUCAAGAACGAGAAUCCUCCCCCCGAAUCACCCCCUUCCCAUGUCAACACUGGCUUGCAACUCCUUACUGCUCAUACUGGCAGCGAUCAGUCUACGGUGGACGAUGGAGUUUCAUCUGAUGCCGAAAUCAAGCGAGCCAAGAGUUCAACCGAGUUGGCGCAACUGCAAGAGGAGCUUCAACGUAUGAAUGCUGAAAACGUGAAACUGCGGGACAUGUUGAGUCACGUGAGCAGUAAUUACGCGGCUCUGCAGAUGCAUCUUGUCACUUUAAUGCAGCAGCAGCAGCAACAGAUUCAACGUACGCAGAGCACAGGAAAUGAGGUUGUUCAAUCAAAACCUGAUGACAAAAGAGAAAUUGCACCGAUGCCGCUUCUGGAAUUGCGGCCUAGAAGUGGAACAGCUGAAGUAGAUAACGAGAUAUCCCAUUCAACUUCUGAUGAAAGAACAAGGUCCACCACCCCUCCUGUUAACAACAACAGUGGUAAGAAUGAGAGGGAAGAGAGCCCAGACUCAGAUGUUCAUCCCCAAGGCUGGGGCAGUGGUCCUAACAAACUUCAGAAGCUGAACCCCUCCCCAAAUUCCACCGACCCAUCAACCAGUACCGCCGCAGAAGCCACUAUGAGGAAAGCUCGCGUCUCAGUUCGUGCCAGAUCAGAGGCACCCAUGAUCAGUGACGGGUGUCAGUGGCGAAAAUACGGACAGAAAAUGGCAAAGGGAAACCCUUGCCCUCGUGCUUACUAUAGAUGCACCAUGGCGGUCGGUUGCCCAGUUCGCAAACAAGUACAACGUUGCGCGGAGGACAGGACGAUUUUGAUAACUACCUAUGAAGGAAGUCAUAACCAUCCGCUGCCGCCGGCGGCGAUGGCGAUGGCAUCAACGACGACUGCAGCUGCUAGCAUGUUGUUGUCGGGUUCGAUGUCGAGUGCAGACGGAAUAAUGCAUCCGAACUUACUGGCCAGGGCUAUUCUUCCAUGUUCGUCUAGCAUGGCUACGCUUUCGGCUUCGGCUCCGUUUCCCACUAUAACAUUGGACCUCACUCACAAUUCAAACAGCAACAUUAACAACCCUAUGCAAUUCCAGAGACCUCCAUUUCAGGUACCUAAUUUCCAAGGGCAGCCUCAGGUUCAACCAACGGCGUCAGGUCAACAUCACUUGGCUCAGGCAUUUUCGCAAGCACUUUACAAUCAGUCCAAGUUCUCUGGCCUUCACUUGUCCCAGGAUAUGGGUUCGUCGUCUUCAUCUUCUUCCCAAUUAGCCCACCAACCUCCCAGGCCGGUGCAGCCAAGCCAACCGCCGCAGCCAUCAUUGGCAGACACGGUGAACGCGGCUACCGCGGCCAUCACGGCCGACCCAAACUUCACAGCGGCGCUCGCGGCCGCCAUCUCCUCCAUCAUUAAUGGCGGCGGCGUGCCCUCGAGCAGCAACAACAACAAUAGCAGCGGCAAUCCCAACAUCACAUGUGGUACCACAAUCAGCAGUUUCUCAGGGAAUCCGUAAAAGCUUUGUCUUUUUCGUUUCUCGUAAAUUUGUUUCUUCUUUCAUACUUUUGGGGAGGGGGGAGAACGAAAUGAAAAAUGUUCAUAUGUUUUUUUUCUUCUUUAAAUUUUUCUCCGUGUCUAGCGAGGGAGGAAGAUUUAGAUCACGAGGGAAGUCUCAUUCUUUCUUUGUUAUUUCAUCGUUAUUUGAAUAACUUGGGAUUAGGAUUAUGCGAGUAAAUAGACAGGAAGAAAAGAACACACAGUACCUACUACCGAUGUAUCUCUGUAUCUUGUACCUUAAAUUUUAGCAAAUUUUUAAAAUAUGAGUACCGUCCAUUAUACUCCA